AUGACAACUGAAGUUGGUUCAGAGACUGAAGUAAAGAAAGAUUCUGAGCAGCUGGGACCAGACAAAGCCAAGGACAAGCCUGAAGAAGCAUCAGAAAAUCCAGAAAAUCAGAAGUCCAGUGAAGCAUCCUUGGAAGAAGCUCAAGAUUCUUCCUCUGUCCCAGCACCAGCUAGCCAAAGUAGUCCAAGCAGCCAGAAGAAGGAAAAAGCCUCACCUGAAAGCAAGGGUAUUUCUCGUUUUCUUCCCCCCUGGCUUAAGAAACAAAAAUCGUACACCUUGGCAGAGCCCAAAGAUGAGACCAAGAAAAGGAUCGCAGGGGAACAACAAGCAGUUAAAGAAGGUGAAUGCCAGACAGCAGAGGGUGCGGCUCAGCCAAAAAGCUUAGAAGAAGCAGCAGCUGAACAUCAGCUUAAUGCUAAAGCAGAGGACAAAGAAGAAAAACACUCUGUUAGUAAAAUGAACAAGUUAAAAAUAUCCACCUUCCUGAGUUUCAGUCAUUGUUUAACUGUAUUUAUACAGCCUGCCAAAGAAGAUCGUAAAGAAAUGGAAGUAGAGAAAGUUGCAGAGGAAAAGGGAGAAAAACAAGAAGAAAAAAGGGAGACAAAAGAAGUACAGACAGCUGAAAUUAAAACAGAAAGCAUUCCUCAGAAGUCUCCCAAGAAAACUAAAACCAUGCAAUGUAAAGUGAUGCUUCUGGAUGGCACGGAAUACAGCUGUGACCUAGAGAAAAGAGCAAAAGGCCAAGUGCUGUUUGACAAAGUGUGUGAACAUCUCAAUUUACUGGAAAAGGACUAUUUUGGGCUGUUGUUUUAUGAGAAUUCAGAACAGAAGAACUGGCUAGAUUCUUCGAAGGAAAUUAAGAGACAAAUUCGAAGUUUACCUUGGAUAUUCACCUUUAAUGUGAAGUUUUAUCCUCCUGAUCCUUCACAGUUGACUGAAGAUAUCACUAGAUAUUUCUUGUGCCUACAGCUUCGCCAGGAUAUUGCUUCUGGUCGACUGCCGUGUUCUUUUGUGACGCACGCCCUCCUUGGUUCAUACACCCUGCAGGCUGAGCUUGGGGAUCAUGACCCAGAGGAGCACCGCAGUGAUUAUAUCAGUGAAUUCCAAUUUGCACCCAAUCAAACUCAAGAAAUGGAAGAGAAAGUAGCUGAGCUACACAAAACACACAGGGGCUUGACUCCAGCACAGGCGGAUUCCCAGUUCCUAGAAAAUGCUAAGAGACUCUCCAUGUAUGGAGUGGAUUUACAUCAUGCCAAGGAUUCUGAAGGUGUGGAUAUCAUGCUGGGUGUGUGUGCUAAUGGACUGCUCAUUUACAAAGAUAGACUCCGGAUCAACCGCUUCGCUUGGCCAAAAAUUCUGAAGAUUUCCUAUAAGCGAAGUAAUUUCUACAUCAAAGUCAGACCAGCAGAACUGGAACAGUUUGAGAGCACUAUUGGGUUCAAACUGCCAAACCAUCGGGCUGCUAAAAGGUUAUGGAAGGUUUGUGUGGAGCACCAUACUUUCUUCAGACUUGUAUCACCAGAACAGCCUCCAAAAGCAAAGUUUCUAACCUUGGGUUCCAAGUUCCGCUACAGUGGACGUACGCAAGCACAGACACGACAGGCUAGCAACCUCAUAGACAGACCAGCUCCAUACUUUGAACGCACUUCAAGCAAACGUGUUUCCAGGAGCCUUGAUGGGGCUCCCAUGGGUAUCUCAGACCAAAGUCUGCUAAGAGGCUUCCCUGCUACUGGAGGGCAGCUUGCUGUAGAUAAAAUCAUUGACAUUGAAGCUGCUGGUCAGGCCAAGUUAAAAGAAGGUGGCGGAGAAGAAGAUGGAAGCCCAGUCAAAACUCCGCAAUUAGAAUUGACUCAGGAUGGAAAGAGCAAUUCCUUGAGAGUAGACGGGGAAAAUAUUUAUGUCAGACAUAGCAAUUUAAUGUUGGAGGACCUGGAUAAGACCCAGGACGACUUACUGAAACACCAGGCUAGCAUUAGUGAGCUCAAGCGCAAUUUCAUGGAAUCCACACCUGAACCACGCCCAAAUGAGUGGGAAAAGCGGCGUAUCACACCUCUGUCCCUACAGACACAAGGGAGUUCACAUGAGACUCUGGACAUAGUGGAGGAGAAGAAGCAGGCAGAGGUUGGGAUAGAAGAAACGCUAGUCGUAGACGAAGCCAACAAAGGGAAAAUGCAAGUUGCCACUGAUGCUGGGGAGACAUGUAAGGUGGAGCAUCUGUCAAAAAAGGACUCUUCAUCAAUGCCAUCAGAUAGUAGCAGCAGCAGCAGCAGUAGUAGUGAGAGUGAGAAUGAAGAGGUGGGAGAAUACCAGCCACAUCAUAGGGCAAUUGAGGAAGUCAUCAGGGAAGAACAGGAAGAAGAGGAAGAUGUGAAAAUGAAAGAACAUGAAGAAAAAAUACAGCAUGUGGAAGCCACACCAGAAGGCAGUAAACUAACUGUACCAGCUGAGCACACAGAAGUUACAGCUGAAGGUUUGGUCCAGGAAUAUGCAGUUACCAUAGCUACAGAAGAGAAGAAUUUGUCAGAAGAAAUUAAGCAAGAUUUAGGUGAAGAAAAAGAGGAAGAACAGCUCAAAGUCAAUGGAGAUGUGUCUCAUGUUGACAUUGAUGUUGCACCAGAAAUAAUUUGUUGUUCUGAGCCUCCAGUAGUGAAAACAGAGAUGGUAACCAUUUCAGAUGCCGCACAGAGAACUGAAAUCUCCACUAAAGAAGUUCCAAUUGUUCAAACAGAAACUAAAACUAUCACAUAUGAAUCUCCACAGUUUGAUGGCAGUGCUGCUGGCAAUGCUGGUGUGCUGCUGAGUGCACAGACAAUAACAUCUGAGUCAAUUUCUACUACCACAACUACACACAUCACGAAGAUGGUCAAAGGUGGGGUAUCGGAAACAAGAAUUGAGAAGCGCAUUGUCAUUACUGGAGAUGCAGAUAUUGACCAUGACGAGGCCCUGGCACAGGCAAUCAAAGAAGCCAAAGAACAGCACCCUGACAUGUCUGUCACAAGAGUGGUGGUGCACAAAGAAACUGAACUUGCUGAGGAAGAUGAAGAGUAAAAUAAAAGAUGCUCUCAAGCAAACAUUUCAGAAGUAAAAAUGAUACUGACCGUGAUCGUGACCAUGAAGAACUGUAAUCAUUCCAAGUCAUCACUGCUCUACUGAAUUCACCAAGCCUAGCAAUGACGACCAGAUGUUCAAGACUUAAAUGCCAAUACCAAACUCCAUUUUAACAUCUUUGGUCUACAUUCCCUUACAAUCUUUCUUGUUUAUUUUUUAUAACCACUUCUUAACAAUCUUAGAUUUUUUUUAAAUGACGUUUUAGAGGGUAUGAUCUUAUUUUGCACAAAUACUUGUAUUUUUGAAGCUGAUUCUUAAUUAUAUGAAAGUGAACAAAAAAGAAGUCUGGAAAGCAUUGUUCACUGGAGCAGGUAGUAAUUGUGCAGGAAGGAGGGGUCUUAACUAAUUUAGAUACAGUUUUUUUCCAGAUAUUUCACGUGAAAUCUCUUACUGGAUUUACAGAAAUUUUUUUUCAGAUUAUUCAGGUAAAUAUAUGGUAUCACAUAACAAAGAUUUUUAUAAAAAUACAGCAUUACCUAAAAUUUGAAAAAAUAUAUUUCUUUGGAUAAAUUUUAUACUGCUAUCUCUGUAACUCUUUCUCUUCUAAGGUUCUCCUCUCUGUGGACAGAGAAGGCGUGGCAGUCUGUAGAGGAGAAGGAGUUGCAGACACGUUUCUUCUGACUGAGCACUGUGUUCUUUUUGCACUUUGGUGCCAAUGCUCAACUUUUCGCAGGCAUUUUGCUGUCUGCUGCAUUCCAGAUAAGGAAAGAAGGAAGAACAAAGUAUCUUUCUCUUCUUCCAACAAGAGAUGAUUUAGGCAGCUUAAAACUUUAGUGCAUUUUUUCUUACUGUGUCCAAACUUCAACACCUCCAUUAUUUGAAUACGUGUGUAGAAUGCUCACUUUCUGUUCAACCUCACUGUCUCCAUGUUAGAACUGACAUUUCUGUUAUUGAGAAGGUAUACAUUUCAGAUGCUUCGCCUAAUGGUUAAUGCAGGUUUUUAGGAUACUGAGUAAAAGCGUACGAUGGACUCCAUAAAGUAAUAAGACAGAAACAUUAUUUGAGACUGCCAUUGAGAAAACCUGUUAAUUAUUUUGGACUUUAUUUUUAUUUUGUUCUUGCAGGAGGGUUGAUUGGGGCUUUUUUUUUG